AUGCCAGGUAUGGAGAGAGACGAGAGGUCGGCGUGUGAAGAACCUCCUGAUCACAACCGCCAGGUAAACAGGACCUAUGUCGUCUCCGAGCUGUCGAACGGCAAACUAACCCUUCAGAGGAGAUCACGAAGAAACACCGGGACUGAAUCAGCCGAGAAACUAACGGCGGAGAACAGCCAGAACACCACUCCAGCUCCGGAGAAAAGACUGACACUGCAGCGCAGAAUGAGGACAAACUCUGCGUGUAAAGACACUCCGGAUAGCCAGGGAAUUCUCAGUGAAAUAAACGGCAGGACACCGUCCUCCUUCAACCUGGUCAGUGAACGCAAGAUCACCUGGCAACCCAAGGGGGCGGGUACAAUUGCACCUUCAUCCACAGGAAGCCCGGUGAUUGGUCAGGCCUCAGUAUUUAAAACUCCCGGGAAACAGACUCAGGUUGAGCCAGUCUCCCAGCAGUUCCACGAGAAUCCUCCAAGAGCCGCAGUCUUGAGCAGACCUUCGCACGACCAAGACUCCUUUCAGCUGGUUCACACCGACAGCAUCAGCAUGGACAGCGCUGCCAUCACCGUAGCCGUCCGAGUGCGCCCGUUUAACACCAGGGAAAAGAACACACAACCGGCCAUCGACAUCACUGACCAGGAGACAAUAAUCAGAAACCCUGAAACAAAGCAGAGUUUCUCCUUUAACUUUGACUUUGCCUUCUCCUCAACUGAUGAAGCGGACCCUGCCUUUGCCAGUCAGCAAACAGUCUACGAAAAAAUUGCCAGACCUCUCCUCCAGAAAGCUUUGGAAGGAUUUAAUGUCUGCAUAUUUGCGUAUGGACAUACUGGCUCUGGCAAAUCAUACACAAUCAUGGGCACUGAAGAGAGUCCUGGAAUCAUUCCACGAUUCUGCCAGGAACUUUUUUCAAAACUGACCGUCAUGGAAGACGAAGGGGUCAAAAGUGUUUUGGAGUUGAGUUACUCAGAAAUUUACAAUGAAAAGAUUUAUGACCUGCUUUCCACAAGUGCUGACCCGAAGUCCAACAACAACCGAAAAAUUCCUCUGAAGGUGAGGACGCACCCCAAGCAUGGCACCUAUGUUGCUGAGCUGUCCACGAAUCUGGUGAAGUCAGAAAGUGACAUCCUGGGCUGGUUGGCACUAGGCAACAAAUGGAAAGCCACAGCUUCAACCUUCAUGAACGAAAAGAGUUCAAGGUCACACUCGAUUUUGACUUUGGUGUUGAAGCAGACGAAGACCGAGUUCGUGGAAGGACAACAUCACAGCCAUUGUGUGACUAGCAGAAUUCACUUGGUAGAUCUUGCGGGCAGUGAGCAGUUGCGCGCCUCUCAAGAUGGCGACCGCUUCCAGGAAUGUCGAAAUAUCAAUAGAUCUCUUCUCACGUUUGGGAAGGUGAUAACAGCAUUAUCUUUGAAGUCACAGGACAAGGCGGCCUUCAUCCCAUACCGGGACUCCCUUCUGACAUGGCUGCUGAAAGACAGCCUGGGUGGGAACUCACAGACGGCUUUGAUUGCCACUGUCAGCCCGGCGGUGAGCUGUUUCACUGGAACUUUGAGCACACUGAGAUUCGCUCAGAAGACCAGCAAAGUCAUCAACAAGGUCAACAUCAAUCAGGACGACAGCUCCAAGUUAAUCUCAGAGCUCAAAGCAGAAAUCGGCAAACUAAGGAAUAUGCUGAGGAAUCCCCACACUGAUAUGCAUCAAGUCAGCCGUUUAGAGAAGGAGGUUUUAAGGCUGAAGCGGAAACUCCUGGAGCGGGAUCAUGAAAUCUCUGAAGCCAACCGAGCCCAGGAGGAGAAACAUCAGAGAGCUGAAGCUCGUAAACGGAGAGAGACUCUGGUGUUGCAGACUGUCGGCGUAACCUUUGAAAGGGACAACACAUUUCCCUGUCUUGUCAAUCUCAACGAGGAUGCUCAGCUCUCAGAGACGCUCGUAUAUGCCAUCAAAAACGGCAAGAACACAGUGGGAAACAUGUGCCAGGAUAUCCAGUUGAGCGGAGGACUGGUUGCAGACCACCACUGUGUCCUGUAUAAUCUGACUGAUAAAGUCAGCAUCAUCCCGUGUGAAAAUGCAAAGACGUACAUCAAUGGAAACAACAUAACAGAGUCCACCCUGCUUCAUAACGGCGAUAGAAUCAUCCUCGGUGGCAGCCACUACUUUAGAUUCCACCAUCCCAGGGAGAUGGAAUCAUCGAGCUCCCUUCACGAUUUUGAAUUUGCUCGGAAUGAACUCCUGGCUGCUCUAAAUCCUGCACUUCAAGAAGGCAUCGAAGAGGCCAACAUGAAUGCAAAAAAAGAAAUGCUGAAGGGAAUUGAGGCAGCACAAGAACUGGCUCAGAAAGAGACAGCCCACGGAACAGAAGCAUUAAAGAGCCAGAGUGCACAGGGUGCCACAAAGCACAUGGUCCCCUCUAAAAUCAUUGCUGCGCUGGAGGAGGAGAAGAACAAGCUCUCCCAAGUCCUGGAGGAACAAGCUCAAAAAAUGCUGAGCAAAGAAAAACUUCAAAGAGUCCCCGAUUGGCAAAUGAAACUCCACCUAAUGAUUGAAGAGGCAAAUACCAUCUGCAAAAGGAGAAACAACAACUUGGUCUUCAGCAGGUACGAAGUUGGAGACAGCAGCAGCACCCAGAGCACUGAGACUAUGAUCCGCAUUCGGCAUACAGUCCAGGGAGUCGCCACGCUCUGUAGUGUUGACACAUUCAUUGAAAAAAUGAUCGCUCUGAGGGAGCUGGAGCAGGAGGGUGCUGCAUCAAAAGAUGAGUUUUAUGACCCUUUUGAUGAGUGGGAGCAUGACCUGUCAGCACCAUCCCCUGGCCUCUCAAACCUCUCUCAACCAAGGAAGAGGAAGCUCGUGGAACGCUUCUAUGAGAAGCAGGUUCGGAGGCUUAGCCAGACUGCAUCGCAAAGUGCUGGUGCAGCCGCACCAGUCACCACUGCCAGCCCUGUGAACAGCUUACCUGCAGUUUGCAUGGACCUCAUUCGCCAAUCCAUCUUCCGUCUGAGUGACUGCAGCACGGCAGCGAAGACGAUGGCCGACAAACUGGUCACUAAUCUGCAGUCCAUCUUCUCAGCGGCACAGACGUUAACAAAGCAGUAUAACAACCUUGACCGUGACAACACAGACAGUGCGUUUGGCAGUGAGGAGGCCCAGAGGGCACUGGUAACGGGCACGGCUGCCCUGGACAGUGCCGGGUUCUCAUGGAUGCAGUGGCUGGGGAGUAUCGAGCCCUCGUCUGGGACAACUUACCUGUUGGCCGAAAAACUCAAACACCAAAUUAAAAUAAUGGGAGACUACCUCCUUAUGGCUAUCAAGGGCUGCGAAUCAGACGUGAGAAUGUUUGUGACACAGGUGGACCAUGAAAUCGGUGCAGGCCUGCAGGCCGCACUGAUGACUGUUGGCCAACUUGUAGCCUUACUCAACACACCUUUGGACACGAUGGUCCCAGGCACGCAGGCCAUAGGCCAGGGCAUCCUGAAGGGUGUACACGGCCUAUUUAGAGAGACCUUCACGGCCUGCACAGACAUGUUGUCAAAGGUGUUGGAAAGCAGUCCUAAAAACAUCAUCCAGCAGAGAAUAAAACUACAAGCCACUGAUGCAGCACAUAACAUGCAAAAAUAUUUCAAUCACAUCAUUGAGGAACUGGAAUUGUUGGAUGAGGAACAUGUAUCUUUUCGAACCGACGAUCUGAAGACUCUGUCCUCCAUCGCAUUCAAGCUCAGGCAGGGAGUCAGACGACUGCAUGCCUCCAUUUCUGCAGCAUUGCAGGGAAGAGACUACAGGGAGCUGAUUGGUUCAGCUGAUCAUAUUGCAAAGCUGACCUCUGACCUUUUGAGCAUCAAGUUGCCAUCCGUCCAUCUGAACCUCCCGCUUGCGCAGCUGCUAUCAUCAUCAUUGCAGAGAAUCAGCCGGGACUGCGAAAGCAUGCUAACUCAAGUAUAAUCAUCUACUUGGGGAAAAAAAAGUAUGUGGGGGGGCAGAGUUCUGAAAGCCAGUGCUGUUAAAAAUUACAGAUCUGUGUAAAUAUUGCACUUC